GGAUUUCAUGUGGAUUUCAUCGUGAGUUUCAGACCGUCUUCGACUGAAUUGACUGAAAAAACCAUUGAAUCCGGAACAAAAAGUCGAAUUUAUCUGUAAUAUCUCCCAAUUUAAUCAAUCAAAUCUAUCAAAAGAUGACCUCAGACCAAGUUGUUCAUCCACAAAUCCUCUGGGCACAAGACAAGAAACAGCUAUUCUUGACAGUGAGCGUCGAGUGCAAAGAUCCCGAGAUCAAAUGGACAGACCAAUCGUUGUACUUCAAGGGCGUCGGAUCGCCGGAGAACAAAACGUACGAAGUCACCAUCAACUUUCUACACAAAGUGCUGCCCGACAAGGCGGUGAGUAAGAACAUUACGCGAUGCAUUGAAUUCACGGUGCCGAAGGCCGACGAAACGCUCGGCUUUUGGUCGAAACUGACAACGGACAAGGGCAAGCUCGCCUGGCUCAAAGUAGACUUUAACAAAUGGAAGGAUGAGGAUGACGAGGGCGACGACGAAGAGAUGGGCGGCAAUUUUGGCGAUUUCGGCAACAUGGAUGACAUGUUGAAGAACUUGGCGCCUCCAAAGAUGGGAGCUGGCGGCGACGAUAAGCCCGCAUUCGACGACUCUGACGACGAAGAGGACUCGGAUCAGGAUAUUCCGCCAGUAGAGUAAGGUGCUUCGUAAAUUUAGAGAAGAAAAAAAGUGUAGCCAAGCUCAUUUUACAACAACAACCACAAAGAAAGAACAAUCGCGUUGUUAACUCCGAUUUAAAUUUAAAGAUUAAUUAAAAAUACACCAAAAUCCCGAUUCAUUCGUAAAUUAUCUAGAAAUAAUAUUGAAAUAAACUUUCAGCUGUAUCACCCUCUCAUGUAAUCAUAAAAAAUAAUACUUUUUUUUCGCACAUUUGUUGGUGACAAGAACAACUUUUUUUUAUUUGGUACUCUAGUCUUAAGUAUUCAAGCAAAAUCAUUUCUUCACACAUUGAGUUUGAAAGGUGUUUUUUUCGUACUGCAUACCAUGUAGAUUUAAUAAAGUAAACAAAAAAAAAAUAAAAUUAAUCAGUUAGAUGGUUU